AUGGCUCCUGCUACACACGAUGCGGUGACCGCAAGCACUUCGGAAUCCGAUGAAGUGGAGAAGAACAAGGCUACGUCACAGGAUAAAGAGACUGAGACAGAUGAAAUCAAGGAACUUCCUCCGACGAUACCGGAGAUCUCGGAUAUUGUUGACAGUGAAGAGACCGCAGAAAUUCCGAGAAGGUAUCUACCCCGAAGCGUUUCCGAAUGCGAAGAUAAUGAUCGAGAGAGUCAACGCUCUAUACUCCGGAAUCCUAAUUUAUCCAAAAUCCGACCAAUGCUCGAAAAACGCCAAUCUUUUGACCUACAGCUGGAACGCACAAUACCGGACAAUAGCAAUGAAGAUCGAGCCUAUGUCACACUUCUACAGCAAGAAUCUGCCUAUAAGGGUAGCACAUUCUAUAAAGCUGACGAUCCAGAGAACAAUUAUAAGUGGACAUUUGGAAGCGCCUUCUUCUUCUCCAUGAACGUCUACACAACGACCGGAUACGGCUCAAUCGCUCCCGAGUCCAUAGCUGGAAAAUCAUGUGUAAUGGUGUACGGUCUAUUGUUUGUGCCCCUGACACUAGUUGUGCUUCGAGAUCUCGGUCAAUGGGCACUUGUGCACACAACGAAAAUCUACGCUCGAUUGCUGAUCAUGUUCAGAAGGGCCAGAGGACAUGAGGAGACGAAAGAUGACGAGUUGAUUAAUCUGCCAAUAAAGUUCUGCAUGGGCAUUAUGCUGUGUAAGUCUAACUUAAUUUUGUGA